UCCUGCAUCUCCGGUAGACUGAGUCUCCGGUUCCAGCGCCGAACCGGUGCGUCUUGCAAACACGAUAACGAAAAUUUCAUUUGAUCCCAACCAUGAAAAACGUAGAGAGAGAAAGAGAGGAGAGAGAGAGAGGGAGAAGAGAGAGAGAGGGAGAGAGACCAGGAGAACAGCAGGCAAUAAGGAAGAGAAAGGGUUAGAAAACACAUUUGUAACCCUAGUUUCAUCCUUUUCCGCCAAAACAAGUUUCGUUCUCUACAAGAAAAAUCCACCUCUGCAAUGGCUUCCCCUAUUUUCCAAAACCAUGGCAAUUGAUGCAAAAGCUUGGGUUUCUGGUCCUUCCAGUUUCACUAGUUCCAAAAGCGAUGAUAUUAUUGAUGUUGACGAUGAUGACAACUUUCCAAUCUCAAGCGUCUUUGCCCAGCCCGGAAUCAGUCAUUUUGUCAGUACCGGACACAAUGGGAGUUUUGAUGAUGAGGAGGAGGAUGAUAUUCCAAUAUCUAGGGUUUUUGCAAUACCAAAAUCUAGUAAACUGGUUGAGAACAGGCAAAUUUCAAGGGAUCUGGAUGAGGAAUUCGUUGAGGGCUCUGGUGAGGCGGUAGGGUUUCAGGGGUUUAGCAAUUGUGAUUUGGUGUGGGUGAAAGCCUUUGCUAACACAUGGUGGCCUGGUUUGAUUUGUGCAAAGGAAAAGCAUCAAGUUUUGGUUAGCCUUUUUGCUCAGGAGACUAUUGAAUGGUUCGAUCAAUCCAAGGUACUCACUUUUGAGUCCCAUUUUACUGGGAAAGUGAAGCAAGGGAAAAGAAUUAGGGGCUUUGAAGAAGCCGUAGCUAUAGCUUUGGAAGAAUUGAGGAGGCAGUAUGAAUUGGAGUUUUCUUGUAGUUGCAGGAGUUUAUUCAAAUCAAGAGGUGAGAAUUAUUCAGGAGUUGAUAUUUUGGGGUGCAAAGAACCAGAGAACUAUAGAACUAAUCGAAUUGAUGAGUAUAAGAAUGGGGUCAAGCCAUCUGAAUUGUUGGGUUUUGUUCAUAAGGUGGCUGUUAUGGCUUGGAUUGACGAUUCUGAAGCUAUUGGUGCUGUUCAAGCAAUGGCACAGGUCACAGCUUUUAGAGGCAAUGAUUAUAUUGCCCGUGAUUGGUUUUAUUGCGAAACUCUUAGGCUUUCAGAGUGCAAUUCUGGCAGUGAUGAUACUGGAGGCAUUCAAAAUGAGAGGAACUACUUUGAUAUUGACAUACCAGAGGAGCCUCUUGAACAUGGAGAAGACAAUGGAACCAGUGGUUCAUUCUCAGACCAACUGAUGGGGAAAAGUGAGGCCUGUGUAACUAAUCGAAGGGAUUUAAGCUUGCUUUGGACGUUUCCUGAAGAUUUUGAACCAUUGCCAAGUGUUUUAAUUGGAGAUGUUUCUCGUUUAGGUUUGUUAGAAAAGGAUUUGACUAACUCGAAAAAGUUUGUGGAGCAAGACCCAUAUAUUGAAAAUGUUAUGCAAAGAUCAGAUAUGGAGGCCACAAAUGUUCGCAACUGCUGCAUUCUCAAUAGUGUGGAUUAUUCUGAAAUCUCAAAAAUUGGGUUUUGUUUAAACAAUGAUAUUAUAUUGGAUAAUGACUUAGAAGAAGACCAGAUCCAGGAAGGAAUUGAUUCAGAACAUGGACAAGUGAAUAGGAGUUCUGUUUUUGUUUCUGUAAUACAAACAGAGCCUGAUAUAGAUAGAAUUCUUCCUCAUGAGAAUGAAUCUGAUAUGGGUAAAUUGCCAACAGAGGGAAUUGCUACGUUUAGUGACCAUAAUAAUGUUGUGAUCCCAUUUGAUGAAGCUUCUUUGUCUGCUCCUUGUUCGACGAAAGAUGGAGCUAGAUCAAGGGCAAAGAACCUUUCAUGUGAAACCACAACACAAUCUCUUCACGAAAUGCUUAAAGAUGCUGUUGUUAUGGAUUCUGAUAGUAUUGAUGACUUGGAGCAAGUUAAAAGUGUUUCAACUUGUAAUGUUCAGAAUGACUGGAUUUCUUCACGCUGUCUCAAUCACAAAGAUAUGCAGCCGAAUGACACUUUUGUUAGUGUUUGUGGUAGAACUGAUGAAACUAAGGGACCAAAAACUGGUAAACCCCAACAAGAAACAUAUGAUGAUGCCACUGUUUUGAAGUCUCACAGAGCUAAUUAUUCUGAGGGAGUCAAAAUUGUUUCAAGGUCUCAAAGAAAUCCUUCUGGUGAAAACCUAAGACAACAUCUUCGUGAAAUGAUCCAACAUUUGUAUUGCCUUGCACUGGAUCCAUUUUAUGAUAGGGCUUCGAACUUAUCUCGUGUAUGUCGAGCACUCUUAAGGUUCAAAGCAGCAGUCUCUCAGAAUAUCCCAAAUUUGGGCACUAUGAAGGCUUCAUGUGAGUAUAAUUGCCGACCAGAUAGCAAUGCUCUUGUUUUCGAACAAGUGGAAAGUGUCUCAACUAGUAAUGUUCAAGGGAACAAUAUUUCUUCUCACAGUGGUAAUCAUAUAGGUAUGCAGCUAAAUGAUGCUCCUGUUAUGGAUAUGGUGAGUGGUAGAAGUGAUGAAACUAAUGGAUCACAAGGUGGUAAUCACACACCAUGCACAGAUGACGCUGCUGAUAAAGACAAUGAUUUUGAGGGAGUGAGAAAUGUUUCAAAUGAUCUUCAUGUCCGUAAUAUUUCUCAAUAUUCUAAUCACGAGGAAAUGCAGCCACAUGUUGCAGUUGUUAUCAGUAGUGAUAGAACCACUGGCACAAAUGGAGUAAGAAGUUCUUCAAUAGCAGCUCCUACACCUGAUACACCUGUAGAUAUACAUCUUGGAAAGAGAAAACUUGACCAACCUUCUGAUCUUUCACACAAGUUGCAGAAAAUUAAUAUGCAACAUGCAUCAAAGUCAUCAUAUGUGAGUGGACUCUCCAUCGAUACCCCUGGCCCUGAAUAUUGUGAACCUUUGAUCAUUCUGCAUAUGAAGUUCCCCAAGAAUUUUGAUUUGCCUUCUAAACAAGAAUUGGAGAGAAAGUUUAUGAUAUUUGGGCCAUUGGAUCCCUUAGGAACCAAGGUUUUCUUCUAUACGGGUUCUGGUCAGGUGGUUUUCCAGCAUCAAUGUCAUGCCGAAGCGGCUGUCCUAUAUGCAAAGAAAAAGGGUCUGUUUGGUGAGGCCAAUGUGCGAAUCUGGCUUAGCCAGUCUGUGAAAUCUGCAAGUGAAGCCAAAAAUACUCUUAAAGCUGAGCACUACUGUUAUAGAGAAAAAGGGUUUCCCGCUUCAUCGUUUUUCUUGAAGGAAUCCAAUAAUUAUGUACAUAGACUACAUGUCAAUGCAGUUCCAAAUUACAAAUCAUGCCUCAAGAAGCCUGACUCGCUAAGGCAGAAGGAACGAAGGGGCCCUUUCAAUGUGAGAUUUCUCACAGCAAGUCGGAUAAGCUCAAUUGCGGGGAGUGUGAUAAGGAAGAAGAAUUUAUCAGGAUCUUCUAGUAGUCACAGACAAGAAAUUGGUCCAGACAUUUCACAACAAAUGGCGUUUCUUUUGAAGGAAUGUAAUGAACUAGUUUGUAAAAUCAAAUGCUCCUUGGGACUUGAUACAUAUUUUUCACUCUUUGCACACAGUGUUGAAGCCCUUCGUUCCAAAGAUGAGUAAUUUGGAGAUGUUCAAAGUGCUGCAGGUGAGUGUCUUUUUUGAUGAAAAUGCUGAAGAAGAUUAUCUAAGGUGAAAUUCUUCUCACCCAUAGAGGUUUUUCAGAUUAGGUUUUCACUCAUUCCACUCAGUUGUGUUAUGCAGUGAAUAGUUUCUUCCAGCAUGAUUUCUUUUCACCUAUUGAUAGAUAGAUACCCAAUUGAUUCAAAAAAUGGUCCAAACAUUUCAGAGCAAACGGCGUUUCCUUUGAAGGAACAUCAUGAACUAGCAUGUAAAAUCAAAUGCUCCUCAGGACUUGAUACAUCCUUUUCAAUCUUUGCACUUGAUACAUCCUUUUCAAUCUUUGCACACAGUUUCGAAGCCCUUUGUUCCAAAGGUGAGUAAUUUGGAGAUGUUCAAAAUAAAGAAGAUGAUUGGUUUCUCUUUCUGAUGAAAGUGCUGAAGAAGUUUGCCGAAGAUCAAAUUCUUCUCACCCAUAGUUGGUUUUGAUAUUAGGUCUGGAAGAAGAAGAAGACUACACACAUGGACCUAUAUGCUCCUUCUCUCCCCAUAUCCUCCAAGUGUUCGAGAAAGAGAAAAAGAGGAAGAUGAGCUCCAAGUGUUCGAUGCGAGGUCCCUCUCUCUCACAGACUCUUUCUCUCCAUAUCCUCCAAGUGUUCGAGA